UCCAAUCUCAAACAAAUGGCGCCCCCUCGCUGGACCAUCCCCCUCCUCCCUCUUCGUCUCCCUCUUCUCCUCCGCCUCCUCCAAUGGAGUUGGAGUUGAAUUUGGAUUUGGAGUCGACGACCACCAUUGUCGCCCUAACGGAGCUCAUCCAACGCCUCCGCCUCUAUACGCCUCCCUCCUCCGCGCUCUCCGACCCCGAAAACGACGACGACGAUGAUGGCGACGCGGUCCCUCGGCCGGCUCGCGCCGGGUACGUUCGGUUCCGGCCCAGGAGAGCGGCCGUGUUGAUCUGCCUCUUCGAGGGCGAUCGCGGCGAGCUGCGUGUGAUCCUCACGAAGCGCGCGUCCACCCUCUCCACCCACUCAGGGGAGGUGGCAUUGCCGGGGGGAAAGGCUGAGGAGGGCGAUAAAGACGACGCGGACACGGCGACGAGAGAGGCGAAGGAGGAGAUCGGGCUUGAUCCGUCUCUCGUCACCGUCGUCACCGUUCUUGAACCUUUCUUGUCUAAGCAUCUUCUUAGAGUUGUUCCCGUUGUCGGCGUACUUUCCGACAGACAAGCAUUUAAGCCUGUACUUAACGCCGCCGAGGUCGAAGCAAUAUUCGAUGCGCCCUUGGAGAUGUUUCUCAAGGAUGAGAACCGGCGGUUCGAGGAACGGGAGCGGAUGGGGGAGAAGUUUAUGAUACAUUACUUUGAAUUCGAAACAGGGGUCCGGAAAUUUACCAUAUGGGGUCUUACCGCGCGCAUCCUAAUCCAUGCCGCAUCCGUCGUUUAUCAGCGACCGCCGGCCUUUCCCGAGCAAAGACCUAAAUAUAGAGUUCUUCGCCCGUUAAAUGAAAAUUAAUUGUGUAAUGCCAUGAAUUAUACCUGUUGUUUCAUACACAAGGUCUCUCUAUCAAGAGUUCUGAGACCUGGAAAAAUACUUUCGAUUUAUAAAUCGUUGCAACUUUUUUUUUUUUUUUCAAUUUGGUGUUGGCUAAAGGAGCUUCUUUAUGGCCUCUAUGUAUACUAAUUUGUACUUUUAUGUAGAGCUCUGUUUUGGUUGGAGCUCGCAUGUCUUCUGUAGCAACUAUAUAUGCAUACUAAUUUGGUAAAAAUGUAUGAAAUUUAUCUGCUAUGACCUAGAUUUUGCUACCUAA